GUACCGUAUUCGUCCAGUGUGCCCAUUAUUCUUGUGUUGAGUCAGUGCCAGCAGCAGAAGACCUCUUUCGGUUUCCUCUCCUGUCAAACAGCAGCGGGGGAAAUCUGAUAGUGUGCUGCCUGGGGAGCGUCGCAGGUCAUAAUACACAUGAACGCAAACCUAAAAGCUAACGGUGGUAAACUCGGUCAAGAUAAAACCGUUCAACCUUUGAUUUUCUAAAACUUCUCAAACACACACUGGAAUGUGGAGUAUUUAGCCAGGUGUGUUUUUCUACCCAGAAGUCACAUGAUAAGCCAUCACGUGUCAACGUUCAAGUUUCAGGAAAGUUUUCAUUUCUCGUCGGAGAAACCCCGCCCAUCUCCGUCUCUUCUGCAUAAUUAUUGGUUCUUAUUCAGCGAUCUUCUUUUUGAUAGGUCCAGACUAACGUCACUCAAACUGCUGACGCUCUAACCGCGCCUCCUUCUUUAACCUGUUUAGAGUAAUUGAUAUCGCUUCUUAAGCGAAGGACUUGAAUUUCAUCCGCAUGAACUUAUAGACAUGGUGUCCGAGCCUCACUGAUAUGUAAAGAAUGGACACCAAAACACCUCCAGACAUGAGCAGUGCCGACUAACUCCGAUGACUUCAGUCAGUUUAGGUUUUGAAAAUGAAUGUGAAACAGAAAACGAGAAGCGUGGAAGAGGAGGAAUUAACUGGAAAUACCAUGUGGCUUAAGAAAAUAGUUCUGCUUCUCAGGUAGAUAUUUAUAGGGGCAAGAAGAGAUAUUUCAGUAGAUGCACAUGCUGUCACUAACACACUACCAUACUAUUUUCAUGCUUGUUUUGGUUCACGCUGAAACCAUUUUAAGGUAGUGAAAACCGUGUGAUAAAAAGGAAGAGGUUUGGGUUGAAUAGCAAAGUUCAACAGCAAGACUGGGGGUACAUUCAAAUUAUAGUGACGUUAAAUAAGCCAGUCAGAGAACGGAGAGCUGUGAAACAUGGAUUAUGGUGAAAGUGCUCUUUGUGGAAGUGGAGAACUGGAGCUGGAUCCAGAUAUUGUGAGCGAGGAGGCGGGGAAACUGUAUUCGGAGCUGCAGUCGGUGGUGGAGACUCAUGGAGCUGAUGUGGUGGAGUCCCUGCUGCCCAUCCUCGUCUGGGUUCUGGAAGGACUGGCGAGCUGCAGGGCUCAGCUGAGAGAGAGAGAGGAGGAGGCAGAGAGAGAGAAAGCAGAGAGAGAAGAACUGCUGCAGAGGUAUCAGACUGAGAAAACCCUGAGGAGAGAGAGCCAAGAGCGCUAUUUGGAGUUGGAUGACCAGUUUGAGCAAGAGAGGAGAGCAAUGCGUGCAAGAGAAAAGGAGAGAGAAAGGAGAGAAAGAGAGCUGGAGAAGAAAGCCAGGGAACAAGCUGAUCAAUUGAUGGCUUUGGAGGAGCAGAAAGCAAAUCUGACACGAGAGCUGAACUCAAUCAAACACACACAUAACAAGUUAGUACUGACACACCGAGAUCUGCUGGAAAAGAAAAAGGAGUGGGAGAGUGAAGCCUUCACUUUUAGGAAUCAUGUGCACAGCAAACAUUCAGAAGCAGAAACAGACACCUCCACUGAAGAGCAUGAUCCAAAAGCUGACGGUGCCCCUGAUUCCACUGCGUCAGAAAUGAUCGAGACCAACAACAGCAAAGUGACAGAUGCUGAAGUUAACCAUAAUAAUGAUCCGUCCUUUAUCAGUGGCAUCAUAAGCUCCACCCCUGAGCUGGCUCAUUUGAAGGGUUUUAUUGAAACAAGCUCCCCUGUUUGUUCAAAGACAGCAACUUCUGAAUUCAACUCUAGUUUGUUUGAUGAAAUGAAACAAGCACAGGAGGAUAAGAGAGAGGUGGAUGAAGACCGGAAGGUGAAAGAUGGAGAAACAACGAAGGAGGAGGAAGAGACGGAUAAUGACUCUGAUUGCUUGGAGUGGGAGUUGAGAAAUACAGACUCUGUGUUUUCAGAGUUAUCUGAACUCAGCAGGGAAUAUGUAGAAAACGUCGACCAGGGGGCCAGUGUCAGAGAUAGCACAGACCAGUUCGAGCAGAUUCUUUCUCAAUAUGAGGAACUAAAACACACUCAUGAAAUGGUGGAUACUGCUCGUAAGGCCCUUAUAUCUCGUGUUGAGGAGCUGACCAGUGAGAGAUCUGGCCUGAAUAUGGAACUUGAUUCUUGCCGUGAAACCAUCAGCCGACUGGAAGGAAAAACCAAAGAGAUGGAGGAUGAAAUCAAGCGGUUACGAAAAGAGCUUGAGACAAUCCAGUCAGAGGACCCUGAUGCCUCGCUACCUACCUCCCUCCGUCGCUUCUCUCGUUCUGAAAUGGCCCGGGUGGUCAUGGAGAAGAAUCAGUACAAAGAGCGACUGUUCGAACUGCAGGAAGCUGUGCGGCGUGCUCAGCUUCAGAGAAGUUCUCCAUCUCCCAGGUUAAGGAAAAGAGAGUUGUACAGGGAGAUCCGUUCUCACGUGUGGGGUACUCUGGGUAAAAACCAGCUCCAUGGCUGGAGCAUGCCUCUCGGUGUUACAAACAUAAAGGACUCUGAACUCCCUCCUGAGCCCAAAGAUGUGCCCGUCCUCAUCCAGCUGAGACUGCUGGACCAGAGAGAUGCUACAGCAAAGCUCACAUGUGCUGUUGCAGUUCCUCCAGAGAUAUCAGGAGAGCAGACGUGUUGUGUGUGGGCCGUCACUGGACCUGCUUCCAGCAGUGAUGUCACAGUGAUUGACCCGGCUCGCUCCAAUACCAUUCUGGAUCAGUUCAGCCUCCCACCCACGUCCCCUGCAUUAUGCAUCUGUGCUGUGCCCCCUACUGGAGAUACUGCGGGAACUGUGUGGAUUGGAACACAGGAUGGAGGUGUGCUGAUUCAUUCGUCCUCCAGCUCCAGGCGCCGCUGUUUGCAGUCUGUCAGUCUUUCUGAGGGGGUUCACUCUCUGACGUAUUCUCAGGGCGAGGUGAUCGCUGGCUUGGCCAAUGGGACGCUUGCAUUCUUCACCUACAGUUCAGGCAUCUGGAAUCUUCAGUCUCAAGAGGUGCUUUCGCUCGGCACGCCACCUUUGCAGCCCGUUCGCUGCUGCCUAGCAAAAGAGGGCUGUCUUUGGGUGUGCUACUGGAAUAAAGUUUACAUGAUCAGUGUGAAAAUUCGGAAAGUAGAGAGAUCGUUCACAGUGUCUGAGCGAAGUGAGCAGCAGGUGCGUUUUCUGUGCGCGGCAGGAAGUGGCGUUUGGGCUGCGUGCCGUUUGGAUCCAAUUCUUAGGCUUUUUGAUUGGACAACUGGCCGUCCUCUACAGGAAGUAGAUUUAUCGUCUGUAGUGACUAAAGCUUUAGGCUCUGCAUUCCUGUCUCUCUCUCCUCUUCAGAUCACAGCCUUGUCUGUGGUCAGUGGGCGGUUGUGGGUGGGAACAGGAAGUGGGGCAAUCUUCUCAGUUCCACUGUCGCUCACUUCAGAGUCCUGCUCUAUACCAUACUGCUCUCUUGCUUCAGCUCAGCUCUGUUACCAUGGCCAUCGACAAGCUGUUAAAUUCAUCAUUUCUGCUCCAGGCUGCCGUAGUUCCUCCAAUUCACCAGAUGGCGCUGCUACUACCUCUCAGCUCAUUCUCAGUGGCGGGGAAGGAUACAUCAACUUCCGAAUUGGGGAUGAUGGAAGUGAUGGGGCCAGUGAGUCUGUCCUACAGAGAUCAGAACGAAGUCACAUGAUUAUUUGGCAGAGCCCCACCCCCUAUGUCCAAAGCCCCGCCCUCUCUGUCCCAAGCCCCGCCCUCUGAAAGCACUUCAGCUGUUCACUCAAACAGUCUGUGAGCUCUAUCAAGAUAAGAUUGAGCAUACUACAUAGAAUGCAUUACUUUUCUUCUGUCCCCCUUCUAUAGAUGCUCCCAAAGGGAAGUAAAGGACUAAAGUCAAAGUAAGGCAUUAAGUAAUUUUGGACCUACAAAUUUUCAUUCUGCACUUUCAAUUUAGUUUAUGUAUUUUUUUGGAGGGGGGUGAACUGACUUUAAAUGACAUUGUAUUUUUUUUUUAGUCCCAUAACUGCUCCACAGACUUCUCUCCAGUGUGCCUUAGUGUGUGUUUUCAAAUUCUGCCUUGUAUUUGACCAGUGAUUUUAUUUUAUUGCACACAAUCAUCCUAAAUACUGGAACAUAGAUGGGUUGUAAUUGCAAUGCUAGGCCAGGAACUAUUAAUAUAUAAUUUUUAUUUCAUUUUAUGAUUUUUAUUUUAAAUCAUGAGGAGUGAUGCAACUGAUAUGCUGCUGGUCAUGACAUGAAGUAUUUUCAAAAAUAGUCUGUUGGUUGCUUGUCUUGCAUUAGAUCAACUGGAAACUCGCACAAAGAAAAGUAACAUCAAUAUGACAAGAAACUGACCAAGAUUGACACACUACCUAGAUUCUGUGACCUUGACAUCUAUAGUGCAUAUACUUCAAUCUGAACAAAAAGGUUAUUUUUCUUUAGGUUUGGUGUUUAUGGUGAGGUUUUAUUUUUCAUUUGAUUAUUAUUGGUCUCUUAAGUUAUUUGUUGUGAAAUCAAUGGAAGCUUCUGUGUGGCGAUUUUUUUGCAGUAUUUUUUGAAUGGGUGAAUGUGUGGCUCUACCUAUUUAAUAAGCGAGAGAAAGAAAGUGACCAUGUUUUGUUAACUGGAAAAUGUUAUGAAAAUGUGCAACUGUGUAAAUACAUUUUCACUCUAAUUAUAAAUUGUGUCGAGUUUUGUUCUGAAAAUGAUUCAGUAUUAAAAUAAAGCACCAAUGCUGCAUGUUCAAUUUUAAAUUAUGAAAAAUGUAUCAGAUUAAUCACCCAUGUUUUGCACAACAGAAGAUAUAUAUAUAUAGAAAAGUUUUGCUGCAAAAAAGAAAUACAGAAUUGCGUAUACAAAACACUCAAAAUGUACAAUGCACAGUACCACAUAACUGCAAUUUCAUAGUUUUUGUAGUAGUAGUAGUAGCAAACACUACAUUGUAACAAUCAUACUGUAACUGUCAGCCUUCAUCCUUGCCUUAUCGUUCCACUUUUCUUCUUUUGCAACUGAGAUUUUGGCCUUAUUUGCUCUUUGUGUGCGCUGUCAGCCGUGCCCAGGGGUCAGGGUGUGCUGUGGCCGCGGUGGGGUUUCCGUAUGCUGCGGCUCAGGGUGCGAACGAGCCGGUCCACGGCAUUGUGUUUGUGUGUCAGCUCAUUCCCUGAAAUCAAACCCUCAUGUUCCCACUGUACCACAUGACCCAGCCCCCCAUAAGGAUCCAUAAGGCCUGCAAACACCAGGACAAACUUACAGUGGGUCAGUCCAACACGGUCAGGUGUAGACAUGGUGA